AUGGACCUCAAUCUCUACAUAUUGACCGCUAAUUGCGCUCGUGAGCUUAUCGAUGUCGACCUUUUCGCUGAGCAUUUCUUCGAUCCGCUCCACGCUUCGAGCGCCCAAAGCUUCCCCGCGCCGGAGCUCAUCGUGCUCUCUCUGCAAGAGAUAGCUCCGAUCGCCUACUCUUUCUUGGGCGGAUCGUACCUGGCUCCUUAUUUCGAAGCAUUCGUCAGAGCUGUCAAGAAAGCUACUGUAGAGCAAUGGAACGAAUCUUACGUGAAUUUGGUCAAAGACCAUACAGGCAUGACAGGGUUGAUGGUCUUUGCUCGCGCUGAUAUCUCCUACAAAAUCUCGUGGAUCGACAUGGCUCAUGUUGGCUUUGGUGUCCAGGAAAUGGGCAAUAAGGGAGCCGUGGGAGCUCGUCUGGGCUACACUGUUGAUGACGACUCUGACAAAACUGUCGAUUUGACCUUUGUCGCGGCGCACCUGGCGCCCUUCGAGAGUGGUCUGGAGCAGAGAAAUUUGGACUGGAAAAGCAUCGUCGAGCGCUUAGUGUUUUCCCAUCCAAAGGAUAUUGAAAAAGAUUCAAACACCGACGAAAGCACAGCUCUCUUGAACCAUCGCCGUUCAUCCUCCCACUCAGAAGACAGUCGCCGAGAUCUAUUCGCACCAGACUCCUACGUCUUCCUCGCUGGAGACCUGAAUUACCGUACUUCCAAUGUUAGCCCACUGAAGACAGAUAUUGUCCGCUUCCCCCGGCGGGACGUCAACCGUGACGACCCAUUACACUAUUCGCACCUCUUGAAAGAAGACCAACUUAUGCGCGAGAUGCGUGAUGGCCGAAGCUUUCACGGCCUAACAGAGGCGCCGAUCGACUUCCCCCAACAUACAAAUACUCCGACGCAGCGCGCCAAGCGGCAAAGCUGGGCAUCGACGCUGACCCCGAAUGGAAAUGGUCGAGUCACCGCUGGCCCAGCUGGUGUGAUCGAAUCCUCUUCCUCGACAGUCCAUCCUGGGCCGUCAGACCACCGCCCCGUGGCGCUGGCUGCGACGAUCUCUCUCAGUCAUGCUGAGCCAUCUACAGAUCACACGGAUACGCGAUCCAAAGCGUUGGCUCCAUUUUCAAUUGACCCCAGCUGGAAAAGUCGGCGGGAUGCUGCUCGACAGAAGGAGUUGGUGGUGGGUGUGUUUGCCUACCUGGGGCUAACCUGGGAAGGGAAUGGGCUGCUCCUUGCAUCGACGCUGGGACUUUUAGGUGCAUGGAUUGUGCUUCGGUCUCUUUGGGAAGUCUAA